AUGCGACCUCCCGUCCAGACUCGGGUGACCUUUGACGAAGAGACAGAAGUACUGCUCAUCGACACCGUUGGAGAUAUCCUGAUGGACAAUGCCCAGUAUCGUGUGCUGCUGCACCUGAAAGAGGACCGGCAGCGCGACCGACCUUUGAGUGACCUCUUCGGCUAUUCUGUCACGCGUUUUUUCAAGGAGCAGAAGUUCGCGCUGCUGGUAACGGGCAUCCGCCCUCAUCAGCCGGGGAUCUCGGGAAUCUCGGAUCGGAUGCGCGGAAGCUGGGCCCAGGUGAGGCGCCUCGAGUUUCACCCAAGCUGA